AUGUCUGCCGGUCAACCAUCAUCUCCCAAGAAGUCAGGUUUGGACCCUUAUUAUCAGAAGUCAAACGUCACCGAGAUGGCAAAUUGUUACCACCCAACACGAACUCCAGAGUCUGUUCUAGCAGUUGCGGUAAACGAAGAGAAGUUAAAGAAAGCCCGCACCGCUGUCGAAGCGAUAAACAAACGAGACACGGACAUCAAACCGGAAAUUAUCAUCUCACUCGACCACCAAGAUAUCGUACUGGAGGUCGUUGCUGCCUCAAAAAAGAGGCUUGGCCAGAAGUUCUGGGAUGAAUGUGACGACCCAGAAGUCGUAGGACUCAAGGAGGCAGAAAAAGCUAUUCUCGCUCAACGCCGACAAGAAGCGGUCCAAAAGGAAGAAGAGAGAAUACAUAAAGAUGAACCCGACAAGUCUGCUUCCGGAUUUGCACGACGUUCGAAGUCUGAGGACUUUAUAUUGUAG